AUGUAAUAUGGAAAUAUUUAUUUAAAUAACAUAAUGAAAUGGAUGUAGUUACUUGUCUUGAGAAUGCUUAUGCAGAUAGUGCAUUGUGGUAAGAUAUUGAAUAUCCAUAAAGGUUGGGAACUCUUCAAAUCAGAACUAAUGGAUAGUUCGACCUUCUCCCUUUGGAAAAACUCCAACAACUCGCCAGGUUAAAAUCUUGUUCAAUAUUGUGACCUACAACCAAGUUUGAACUCCAAGCUUCUUCAAGGGGAUACGCUUUUGAGUAGAAAUAUUUUAAUGCCAACCUCGCGAGCAUUCAGCAAAAUUAGAAUAAGUUUCGAUCUCUAUUACAUAAAUAUAUGGAGUGCAGCUGAAUCUAUUACUGUCUAUGCCAACAGUUUAUUGGUUCAUUAUGAUAAACCGAUGACUCUGGGUAAUCUAGAUUACCCUCUAAGAUUCUGCGUUUCGAGGCCAUUUGGGAGAUCUUACGCUGAAUAAUUCUCUCGUAUAGAUUAGGAAAUAUCAUUUAAUGAUCCAAAUUUAUAUAUUGAAAUAGCCCAUGACAGAGCUUCGACAGGAACGACCAGUGAAUAUGGAAUUGCCAAUUUUGUAUUGCAAGUACACUUUUGCGACGACAGAUGUGAGGAGUGUGAUGAAAAUGAGUGUGUCUUAUGUAAAAUGGGAUUUCAAUUGAUCGGAAAUAAAUGUGUAUGUCAUCAAACUUUACAAUUUUCCUACUUCAAUCCUGAUUUGACAUGUGUCGAUCACUGUCCUCUCAAUUACGCAUCCGAUAACAAUCGAAUAUGUUAACCGUCCAUUGUUAGUGCACUUUACUCUGAUCUUGGAGAAGAUACAUUUACUUCUUAUAAAUUUAAAUUUGUUGCUGAUAAAUAUUACAGUCUAAAUUAAUUGAUGAUCAAUAGCGUCGGAUCAAAGUCAAUUGCAGGUAUGUUUUCUAAUACGGAUUCAAUUAUUUACGACGAUGUCAAUUUACUACCUGCUUUUAAAUAUAUCAUCAAAUUCCACCUUUAUAUUACUGGCAAAAUAUCAAAGAUCUUCCCUGAUACCAUUUAAAUACUUUUUAAUUAAUAUGUUGUUGCUGAAUUACUAGCUUACAAUUAAGUUCUACUCACAUCCCCAAUUGCUGAAUCUACCAAUGUGGCUCAACCACAAUCCUGCUCUAUUUCAACCUAUGUCAGUUGUACUUAAUACGAAAUCACAUUCCAAGUAGAACUGAAUGAAUUGGUAACAGAAAUACGGUUCAAAUCCAAAUAUUAAUUAAAUACUCCCUCAAGAACAUGGGGAAUUCGAGAUUUCUACAUUUCUCAAUAUGAGAUAACAUCAAAUACUAUUUAAUGCUCAAACAAUUGUUACACUUGUGAUCAAUCUAAACUCAAUGUGUGUUUAUCUUGUUCAGGAACUUUGAAAUUAUUUAAUGGUAAUUGUGUAUCUUAAUGUCCAAAUUACACCGUCACUAAUGGAAACUCUUGUGAUGAUUCCUAACUUACCUAGCUUAACGAGAAAUAUCUAUUAAACAUGUAUCAUGACAUGAAUUAUUAUCGUUAAGAUACGAUACCACCACAAUUAGAAAUAAGAUCAUCGUAUUUUAUGAAUCGUAUCAUUUUAGGAGGGUAUGGGAUGUGGAAAAAUGAAUAAAUAUACCUUAACAUCCUCCAUGACAAAUUAAUUUAUAAGGUAAAAGUGUACUUCAAUUUGGUGUUCAUCGAUUCAACUAAUAACUAGAUCUUAUUUCGUACUAGUGUCAAUAAUGAAUUGCCACAAUACAGUAUGUUUGGAAGCAGCACUUCAGUUGGGAAUCAAGUUGGUUAAACCUAAGUGGAAGUAGUUUAGAUUGUUUCAUAUGUGAAAAGCUUUGAGUCCACUAAAGAACUCAGACUUCAUUUGCAAUGCAUUCAAGGAAUUGAUACUGAAGCUUAUUGUGGAAUCUAUGAUUUUAGAAUAAUUGUGUCGACAUGUCAAGAUAAUUGCCUAAAUUGUGAUGAGCAUGGAAAUUGUCUAAAUGAAAUCGAUACCAUAAGUCAAGACAUCAAUGGUUGUAAAGCUGGCUAUUUUUAAGAGUAGGAUGAAUGUAUAUAAUGCAUUUAAGGAUGUACAUUAUGCACUAGCAGAGAUAAAUGUCAGGCUUGCAAAGCAGGAUACGAAUUAAGAUACAAUACUUGUUUUUGUAGUUUAGCAAAAGAAAGAAUAGACUAUUGUGAAUAAACGAAUUGUUUCCAUAAUUGUAAAACCUGUACCACAACAAAAGAAAGCUAUGGAAUUUGGAAAUAAUAGCAUCCCAAGAGUUGUUUAUCGUGUGAUGAGUCUAAAAGUUUAUGGCUUAAUGUAAAUUAAUGUAGUUGUUUGGAUGGAUAUUACAUGGAGGGAUUCAGCUGUUAUUUAUGCUUACCGACUUGUUUGAAAUGUUAUCAGUAGGCUAGAGUUUGUACAGCUUGUCAUCCUGGAUAGAAUAGAGUGUUAGAUAAGGAGUAAUGUCGAUGUCAGAAUGGCUAUUUUUAAGAAGACAAUGAUUUGGUUUGUGCCAAAUGUAGUAAUUUAUGUUAGAAUUGUAAUUUCACAAAAGAUUAAUGUAAUGCAUGUUAUUCCAGUCAGAAUAGAAGAUUAAAUGUCGAUCAAUGUAUUUGCAUGGAUGGAUUCUAUGAUAGUGGAGAUCUAGUAUGCAAAAGUAUGAAUUCAUUAAUAAACAAUAGAAUGUCCUUCUAAAUGCAAGACUUGUUUAAAUGAAACUACUUGUUUAACUUGCGAUGAAACUUAAUUCAGACUAUUAAGUAUAGAUAAUGUUUCUUGCACUUGCUAAUCUGGUUAUUUUGAUUAAAGUCCUGAGACUACCUGUGGAAGUAUGCAAUUUAUUUGAUGUUUAGAAUGCCACUCAAGUUGCUUAGAGUGCAAAUAGAAUAAUAAUUUGCAAUCAUGCACGAGAUGUCCUACUACAAGAGAACCUAAAUAUCAUAGUGGUAGUAGUGUAAACUAAUUUGAAUGCAAAUGCAGAAGAGGAUAUUAUGAAAUAAAUGAAUAACAAUGUUCUAGUUGUGCAGACUUUUUGAAUCCGCCAAUUAGUCAUUAUUGUUAUUCAAAUUGUGGGGAUGGUAUUCUUUAGUGGAAUGAAGAUUGUGAUGAUGGUAAUAAUGUUGAUAGAGAUAAUUGUUAUAAAUGUUUACAUGGCAAUUCAUUUUGUUUUGAUUACACUUGUACUGGAUGUUUAGCCGGACAAUGUACAGGUUGCAUAGAUGGAUUCUAUUUAACUUAGGAAUUCAUUUGUUUGCCAUGCAAUUCAAGUUGUAAGACUUGUGUUGAAAGAGCAGACAAUUGCACUGAUUGCAUCAUCUACAAAGAAGAUUAAUCUGGAUGUGUGAUAUGUGAUCAAAAUGUGGGAUUACAGAUAGUUGAUUCUGAAUGUGUUCCCAUUUGUGGAGAUGCCAUUAAAGUUGAAUAAGAAGAAUGUGAUGAUGGUAAUUUAACACCUGGAGAUGGCUGUGAUUAAGCCUGUAAAAUUGAACCAGGUUAUGAAUGUGGAUCUCAUUGUGAAAAAGUUACUUAUCCCAAUAUUAUAUUAGAAGUCAACACAUCAGAUAAGAAGUUUGACAAACAAAGACUGGUGAGAAUCAAAACAGAUUCUCUGGUUUCUAUCAGUGGAAGCAUAGGCUCUAUUUUUGCAUUCAAAAUCAACAAUUGUGAUGACUACGAUCUUAACCUUGUUGACUUGACUCAAUACUCAGAAAAAUUCACUAAAUUAUUCCUAGAAUUGACAAUAACAUUCAAAUAGUCUGUGCCAGAUCCAGAACUAGUGUGUUAGAUUGUUAACUAGAAUGCUGUGUUCAAUUAGGAUGGUCAUACAUUUGGAGAGAAGAACUACAUGAUCGAAUUAAAGGAAUUUGAAAAACCUUCCACUUCAACUGAGUAGGUCACUGAUGGAUUGAUGAAACUGAGCAAGUAUGUACUUUAUUUGCUUUUGGGAUUGGCAAUAUUGGCAUUCUUAUUUGGAGGGCUGGACAUCUUCUGGAAUCUGUUGGAUGCCUUAUAAUUGGUAUCAUACCUUCAGUUCUUCAAUGUUUAGUAUCCUUAUAAUGUGCAUAAUUACUUCACAAUUUUUGGAUUUGCUUAAUUUGACUUUAUUAAGAAUUACUUGGAUUUGGAGACAUUCAUCAGUCAAUAUGUGAAUACUCCAGAUGCAGAUCCUAAGUUCAGAGAUCAAGGGUAUUCAACUGUAUUUUAUGUGAAUAUCAUUCCAGUACUUACCGUAUUUGUCACUACUCUUCUCACUUACGUUGUCUGUACUGCAUUGUUGUCAACGUUAACUAAGUUUUCACAUUCCUUUGUGUAUGUGCCUCUCAAUUCAUAGGAAUAGAGCAUCUGCACUUUCUUCGUUUACAGGAUCACAAGAAACAUCUAAAUCCAAUUGUUGCGUUUCAAUAAAGCCAUUUCAUCAGGUCUGAUUAGAACGUUCAUGGCUGUAGCCUUUGAUUACAACCUUGCCUUCUUUUUAUAACUGAAGGAUUUCAUAUUGAGUGAUCCCAUUCUAUUCACUAGUUUUCUCUUUUGUUUAUUAGCCAUAGCAGUAGAAUUGACAUUCAUUUCUAUGGCCAUCAACUUCAUGUCCAAACCAGCCUUCGUGUUUAAACAAAAAUUGAGUUUGGAUAACUUCGGAGCUAUUUAUGAAGGGAUCAAAUUAGAAUAGAAUCCAUUCACCUAUUAUUUCAACAUAGUACUACUCUUUAAAAAAAUACUGUUCAUGCUUUGUCUAGUGAUGUUCUAUUCAUCUCCCUGUUUACAAGUGGGAUUAGUAUCUCUUCUGAACAUUGCGAUGGCUCUUUACCUCAUAAAGGUUCAGCCCUUGUAAGACAAAGAUGAAUAGUACAAGCAAGUGGGCUCUGAAAUUUUGAUAUGGCUUGCCGAAAUGCUUAUCUUAGGUUAUGCUAUUAAUGAAUAAUCAAAUUCCCUUAGUGUAGACUCACAACUCACUAUUGGUUGGUUUGUGAUUGCUUUAACUUCCUGUCUAAUCAUUUUCCAACUAUUCAUCGAUGUCAAAUAACAUGUCGGUUUCCUAAUUAAUGAAUAUGCCAUCGUUAAAAAGUUCUUCUACAAAGUCAAGAGAAUGUUUUCCAGAAGGGAACCUGAAUUAGAGGAAUAGAAUAUUUUCCUCAAAGGAAGAAGAAGAAUGGGAAUUGAGAAUACGACCUCCCAAACCAAUAUCAUGACAAAUAAGUUAAGAAAUCCAAGUAAUUUCAGAUAAGGAAGAAUGGUAACUUUUACCAUCAGCUCAAGUAGCAGCUGAUUAAAUCUAAAUCUUUU